UCAUCUUUUCAUUAAAAAUAUUAACCUCCCUGGCGGUAUUCCCGAGUGUAGCUCGGGAUAAAAUGUCAGUACCAAAAGCGGUAACCCCGAGCUACACUCGGGCUUACCAUGCGGCGCUGCUGGAUUCCCUGCAGAGCUUACCUUGUCCUUCGCUCCUGCGAUGUGUCCCCUGCAGCGUCCCCGGCCAUCUCCUCCGGUCGAUGCCGGCAUCCGGCUUCUGUGUUCCGGUCCCUGUGACGUCGGGACGUACGGGCGCCGCCAGCGGUGGGAAAUUUGAAAAUUUUAAAAAAAUGUCAUUUUUUUCCAAAAAAAUUUUACAUAGUAAAACAUUGCUGUUUCAAACCAUUUCACAUACA